GCGUAACGUAACAGUGGCGCAAGCGAGCCGCGUUAAGACUUUUGUCUCGAUUUUCAACCAUCUUACACGUAUCUAUUCCUCAGCCGCAUUAUCAUGGCAGAAUGGCGCAUUAGCGACGAGCAACCGGUGAGAGAACUGGACGGCCUUGACUAUGAGCGCUGUGCGGCGCUUCACAAUUACAUUGUCGAACUCGGCUGGACACAACGAGGCCUCGCAUUGGAUACUCUUGACAAACGAACAUGGUGGGAAUGCUAUGGUGGCGAUGCAGCCCUUACAAUCGUUUCCAAUCGUCUCGAAGCCGCCGUGAUCUCGUUUCUAAAGGUUGCCUGGCAUGGAUUUUCGAUGGAAACGGCGAGCCCGCCUCACUUGUUCCAUCGGUAUUUAGCCCGUCUGUGCUUCCCAGACGAGCUUUGGCAGAACGUAAACUAUGCAGAAGAUGAAGACAAUUCGAAUAAGCGAUGCUUUGUCAGUCUCUACAUGGCAAAUGGGGCUUUGGGCGCCACUCAUCCUCUAGGGCUAAUCUUGGAUCAAGACUACGGAAUGGCCAUGCAGCACAUGUCAAUUCGUGAUACUAGCAUUACUAUGAAUGGCCGACAAACAUGGCUACCUCUUGAGACGAUACUUGAUGGGUUCAUCGACAUGAUAGACCAAGGCAAAGUCCUCACGGUUGGUGAGGCAUACAACGGCGAACAAGAGCGCACGGAGCCCUGGAUCAUGCCGUCGUACACCCAGCGGGAUCUCGACGACACUCUGGAGGCCUUCCAACAACUGGUCAACACAAUCCACGACAAGAUGCCGUCUCAACCUCAGGACACCAAGGCAGGUCUGCUUGAUCUCGUGACUGGCGGUCAUCCGCAAAUGCUGCCCUCUAACAGCUUCGCUUACCAAUUUCUCGCCAAAUCUCCAAUACCCUCCUUCACCUACAUCGCACCUGGCUUACGCAUUGCCCAACACCAAUCAUUUGCCCCAGCAUCAGAGCAAGCGGAGUCCAACAAGCUCUACCCACUUCUGAUCUUCUCAAGCACACAUUCUGCUUAUCAAGAGACCCUCUGCGCGCCUUGGGGUGACCUAAUACCCAUCUCGCCCUUCUCCUCCAAUUUCAGUACCAUCUCGACCUGUGCAGCCGGCCUCUACCUUACUGAGACUGAGCCCCAUCACGCCCACCCCUUCGAAGAUGGCUGCAAACUCGUCCUCCCAUUUCUUUUGGGCGCUAACGGAUUUGCGCGAACCAGCGACGAUGCAUUAAUAGGUGAGAAUGUGCACAGCGCGGGGGACAACGCCGCAGCGAAGUUGGAACCAAGGAGUACAGAGCUUUACCAGCUGGGAUUUAAUCACUUCAUUGCAGCGCAUGACGUGCAGCUCAAGUAUGUGCUGUGGAACUGGGUGGCAAUGGUCGAGGAGGGAAAGUGGGAGGUUGAUGCUGAUGGUGUUGUAGGAGGGAUAGAGAAGUGGAGGGAGGCAGAUACAGAGGAGCAUUGGUCUGACUAUCAGCUGCCGAUGAGCUGGUGA